UUCACCUCACAGUCGGGACCCGAUUAACAGGAUCGGGGUCAUUUUUUUUUUUAAAAACUCAUGUAUCUCUGUCCAACUUUAAAUGAAGCUACCUGAAACAAACACACACACACACACACACACACACACACACACAGAGAGAGAGCUAAUGAUGGUGAUAGACACGUUCCUGACAGGCAUCCUGUCUAACGAGAACAUGGCAGGUGUGUUUUCUUACGAGAGUUCUGAAGUGGACUGGUGUGAAGACAACUACAAGCACUCUGAGAAUGUUGUGGAGUACUUUAACACAAUGAGCAGCUUCAUCUUUUUCGUGGUGGCUCCUAUAAUGCUUUACCUGCUGCACCCCUAUGCUAAGGAGAGGAACCUGGCCGUGCACCUGGUGUGGCUCAUGAUGAUCUUUGUGGGUCUGUUCUCCAUGUACUUCCACAUGACCCUGAGCUUCAUGGGACAGAUGUUGGACGAGCUCUCCAUCCUCUGGGUUUUGGCCAUCGGCUACUCUCUCUGGUUUCCACGCAAACAUUUUCCUCACUUUGUUAAAGACAGGACGUCCUUCUCUCACAUGGUCAUGGUGAGCACCAUCAUCACCACGCUGCUGUCGUUUGUCAAGCCCACUGCCAACGCCUACGCCCUCAACUUCUUCGCUCUGCACAUCUUCUACUCCGUGUGUGUGGAGCUUAAGAGCUGCACAGACCAGCGGGUGUUGCGUUUGGCGCGCGCCUCCAUCGCCCUCUGGGUGCUCGCCAUCUCCUGCUGGAUCAGCGACCGCUUCGGCUGCAGCUUCUGGCAAAAGCUCAACUUCUGCUACCUGCACGGCAUCUGGCACAUCCUGAUCGUGGUUGCUACGGCGUACGGCAGCACGCUCAUCGCCUACCUGGACGCCAGCGUGGAGAUCCCCUACUCUCACCCUGACCUGCAGUACUGGCCUCGAGAUAACUGGGCUGUCGGGCUGCCUUACAUUGUCCUCAAGGCCACGCCCAAGACACAGAAAAGAUGCUAGUUGAAAGACGUCAAUUAGAAGAAAAGGACAGUGUUGGUUUGUGGAGAAUGAAGGAGGAGUUGUUUUUUUUGUGUUGUUUUUUUUGUUCAUUUUAUUUUGCUGCCUCACUGAAACACUGUAAAUCCUGCAUAACUUGAUAUCCAUGAUAUUCUUUACAAUCAGGAUUUUGUGUGUGUGCGUGUGUGUGCAUGGGGGUGUGUGCGCAUGAGUGAUUCACACUACUUGACUUACCUAGCCACCUGUGUGUGUGUGUGUGUGUGUGUGUUUGUGUGUGCGUGUGUGUGUUUGUGUGUGAGAGAGAGUGAGUGAGAGAGAACACUAUUUGACUAACCUAGCCACCUGUGUGUGUGU